AUGAGCAAAUUCUAAAUUAACGUCUCAGCUUAUUAAUAAAAAAAACUUUUACUAAGGAUAAUAUUUUGGACAAAGAGAGAUUUUGAAAAAGCUUAUUUUUUCUAUUUCUUUUUCAAAAUAUUAAUAAAAUUAAGAAAUGAAAAAUUUAAAUUAAUGAUAACUAUUAAUAUAAGAAUUUUAUAAUCCUUUAGAUUAAUUGGAGUUUAAAUAAAUGAUGAUUUAUAACAUCGCAAUAUAUAAUUCAAAGUAGUACUCAGUAUGUAUUCAAUUUUCCUUUUAAUCUUAUUAAUUCAUGGAAGUUGCUAUAUUGUAAAUGUAAAUACUAAUAAAAAUAAAGGUGUCAAAAAUUUAAAUGAGAGGUAAGAGAAUUUAAAAAGUGGUGUCAGUUUCAGUUGA